UAAACAUAAUUUACUGAAUUGACACUUUUUUAACGAACAGAACAUAAACAUUUUCAACAUAAAGAUGAAAUUUGUAAUUAUUUUUCCCAUGUAUGUUUUGUUUUUAUAGUAAAUUUCACUAAAUUGGGGCCAGAAAAUCCUCAGAGGGGACAAUACUUCCUAAUCCAACCCAGUUAUUAAUUUUCUUAAACUACAAAACCCUAAGAAAACUAUACUUCUGGUCAGCUGUCGUUACUUCAGAGAAUGUGUGUGAAUAUUGGCAGCGUUUUGAAUGAAUCCAGUAACUCAUAGGAUAUGUUCACACUGCAACCUGAAGUGACCCAAAACUGAUUUUAUUUGUAUUGUUUUUAUGGUCAUUUUUUCCAAAUGUGUUUUUUUUAAUUUAAAUAAAUGACAAGUAUACAAAAUAUUUACAUAGAGAAAUUAUUCUGAGGGUAUUUUCAUUUGUAGAUUGUUAUUGAUUUAAUGUAUAGUUUCAUAUCUUUAAUAAAAUGAGGAAAAUUUUGUGCUUUAUUGGUAAAUUUUCAUACAUAAAUGUAAAAUUUAGCAAAGCAAAUGUGCAAGUUCGUUAUAUAAAACAUUUUUUAGGAUCUUUUCUGGGGAAUUUAGAAAAACGGAUUAAAACGUUUCCCUAACUUUAGUAAAAACAGGUUAAAAUAUGGUUAUUAAUAAACCUCCUUCCGAAGUUUGGUGCCAAAAGAUGUGUCACAGUAUUUUUACAUUUUUCCACAGGGUAAAUUUUAUGAAGAAUUUUAAAUGACAUUUCCUUCACAUUAUUUACGAUUAAAUAUAAUCCAGGGAGUUUUCCAGUUGAUAAUCCGUACAGAUAUGCGAUUUAUAUGGGGAAAAAAAGACCUGAAAUGUCCCGCAUGCGCAGUCGAGGGUGCAGUAACGUCACACGUAGUGAGCAUGCGCAAUGCUAAAAAGAAGUGCACAGUUUGCGGAAGUGAACAUGGAGGCUAAUAACUUACGGUUUUAAAGUUCUCACAUUCACAACCUGACGCUCAUUAUUGUCCGCCAUAAUGUUGUUUGCUGUUUUUCCAUUACGUUUGCGCGUCAGGAUGCAGAAUAGUCGAGAAUCAACGACGUUCCGGUCGGAUGAACGUACAACGAAUUUAGACCCACAUAAAAAAUCCAAUAUGUGCUCUUCAGACUGUCAUAAAAAAAUCCAAUAUGUGUUCUUCAGACUGUCAUAAAAAAAAUCCAAUAUGUGUUCUUCAGACUGUCAUAAAAAAUCGGAUACGGAUUGCUUUAAGGCAAAAGGAAAACAAAUAUAAUCGGAUUCUGGUCACUUCCGGGUGCAGUGUGAACGUCAUAACGUCAAUAUGUCCGCGCUGGAAAAGCGUCCGCUGGUGAGGAAGCUUCUUCACAUGAUGGUGAAUGUUAGUGUUGCAGCUUGUUUUAGAGGCUGAAUGGAUGUUGGUUGUAGUUCUUUUUACACCUUGCUGUUUGAUGUCAUUUCUCCCUGAGCCGGUGUCUGCUUGGGGCUCGGGGCGGCUGUCUUUAACAGCUACAGUGUCACUGUGUUGUAGAUGAGAGAGAGAAAUAAACAACCUCUCCACGGAAAUGUGACCUAGUGCGGCUUCAGGUACAAAAUGUGGACAAACCUCUUUACCGCGGGACUUUGCACUGCUUUCAGUCGAUCGUGCGCCAAGAAUCGAUGCUCGGUCUGUAUAAAGGCAUCGGUUCUCCAAUGAUGGGGCUGACGUUCAUCAAUGCCAUUGUCUUCGGCGUCCAAGGCAACGCCAUGCGGAAGCUCGGCCGCGACACGCCCCUCAACCAGUUCCUGGCGGGCGCCGCCGCCGGAGCCAUCCAGUGCGUCAUCUGCUGCCCGAUGGAGCUGGCAAAGACACGCAUGCAGAUGCAGGGAACCGGCGAGAAGAAGUCCAAGAGGAAGUUGUACAAGAACUCCCUGGACUGCCUGGUGAGAAUCUACAGGAAGGAAGGGUUCCGGGGCAUCAACCGCGGCAUGGUGACCACGCUGCUGCGAGAGACGCCCGGCUUCGGCGUGUACUUCCUGGCGUACGACGUGCUGACGCGUUCGCUGGGCUGCGAGCCAGAGGACCCGUACAUGAUCCCGAAGCUGCUGUUCGCCGGUGGGAUGUCGGGCAUCGCCUCCUGGCUCUCCACGUACCCGGUGGACGUCAUCAAGUCGCGGCUGCAGGCCGACGGCGUCGGCGGCGUCAACAAGUACGGCGGGAUCGCGGACUGCGUCAGGCAGAGCUUACAGAAGGAGGGGUACCGGGUGUUCACGCGCGGACUCACGUCCACGCUGCUGCGCGCGUUCCCGGUCAACGCCACCACCUUCGCCACUGUGACUCUGUUUUUAAUGUACAUGCGACGGGAGGAGGAAUGCAGCAUGCAGAACUCUGAGCCCGCCGUGCAGCUGCAGCCGCAGCCAACCAGCAUGUAAGGCACAGGUUAGCCGAUGCGCUCCUCUCCAUCAGUCUGUGGUAUUUAAAAACUUUUUUUUUAAACUAAAAGCUGAAAUUGUGUGUAUAUAUGGCUUUGUUUCUCACCCAUGCUUUUGCACAAUAGUUCUAUUGUGCACCGAUUGCAGUUUUUAGGCCGAUUUCAGAUCUUUAAAUAAGAAACACACAUUGAUUCUGCAGUCAUGUUCAUGGUUAGCGUUGCUUUCCGCUUAUUUUAUAUGUUUAGCAGUUUGGAGUUAGCUUCUGGUAAUGCUUCUGUAUCUUUAAAAAAACACCGAUUCUGAUUUUGGACGAUACUGUUUGUUUUUUUGUCUGAAAUGUUGGUAAAUGUAGCAGUUUGUAACAGUGGGGUGACUGUUGUUAACUGCAAAUGUGCAGUUGAAAUAAGAUCGGCUUUACAUGCAAGUAUCAACCGAUCAACCAAGAUAAAUCGGUGCACCCAUACUAUAUCGUUACUGUAGUUGUUACAAACAAGUUUAAAAACAAUAAUGCUGUUUAGUAAGAAUGCAUAAAUAUGAGCCAAUAGCCGUAUUUGAUAUUUACAGUUACCUUUUACGACGCAUUUGGGGGGUUAAAUGAAUAUAGAUAGUUCAUAUCUGACUAAUUUUGUCCGCUACCGAUGUUGGUUCUGAUAUUUAUCGUGCAUCCCCACUAUCUAGGUCAGAUAGUGACUGCAUGCAUGUAAGUCGGUGCAGUUAUUCUGUUUGUUUUCUAUGACAUUAACUUAUCAAAACUAUCAUGAUUAUCUGGCAUCUUGCAAUAAGGGAGAAUAGUUUACAAAAACAUUCCCAAAGUAUUUUUAAUAGGUCGGCUUGCUUUGUGUGACUUUAACCUCCUUUCAGUGUUACAUAAAUACAUUUUUGGAUAUUUUCUCAGAUAAACUCAAAUGUAAGUCUGCAUUUUAAAGAAGCACCUUAUAAUAACCACAUUAAUGGUUGAAGAAACUAAGGCGAAAUGUUUCCUUUUUUUUUCUUUUUUUUUUGCAGUAACUAUUAAAAACACUGAAUGCUGUGUUGAGUUGGGUUGGAAGAAAUGAAAACUGUUAUCAGAAGUCACUUUGUCCACCAGGGGGCAGCAGCAGACCAGCUAGUUCGCCCAUUUGCACCAAUAGCUGCUCUUUUUACAUGCCUGCAUAUUUUACUGAAUAACAUGGAUUAUACUGGAUGAAUGUUGAGACUCAAGAGCUUAAAUGUGGGUUAAAUUUCCCAGUAAUUAUGCAGAAACAUGUAAUAUCCCUGUAUGUAGACGGUGAGUGUUGUGCUGGACAUGAUGUACAUUAAUGUGAAGGUGCUGCUGAUUGUUGUGUAGACUUUAGAAUGACUUGUAAAUCUUUUUUGUAAUUUUUUUUUUGAGUUGGAAGGACUGCUUUAGCCGAAUGCUGCUUUGUAUUCUGUACGAUACUUUGCACCAAAGUAGCCAUCCAAAUGUAGAUCUUUAAAAAGAUAAAUAAAGAUUUGUUUUCUAUGACAA